AUGUUGUCACGAGUACCACAGAUGAUGCGCUUGGCGACAGGAUCUCUUUAUCGACUAGUCGCCUACUCUCCUCGUCAUGCCAUGUCCCAAUCGCUUCUGAUGCACGCUCGACAACUAUGUGAUAUUUCGACACAACCUAUAAUUUUCAAUGUGUCAACGGCCGAAGAGUUCCAGGAACAAGUGUUGGAAUCUAGUAUUCCAGUGAUCGUCGAUUUUCACGCGAAUUGGUGUGGACCAUGCAAAAUGUUGGGGCCAAGACUCGAACAAAAGAUUCAAGGUCGAGGCGGGCAGAUCUUGAUGGCCAAAGUCGAUAUCGAUGAGGCCGCUGAGUUAGCCAUGGACUAUCAGGUUGGCGUCGUGCCAACUGUUUUGGCUUUCCAUGGAGGAGAAGUCGUCACCAGCUUUCAGGGUACGAUCAGUGAUGAGGAGAUUGAUCAAUUCCUCGAUCAAGCCAUUGAGGGUACUUCUACA